GUGUUUACAGCCCCUGUCGACAGUAUCACAUCCUGACAGGCGCCAACAGAAGAGCCGUGCCACAUCCUGCCCACAGUGUUGCUGCUGCGCUGUCUGGGCUGCUCGUCACCGUCCUCUGACAUCCAACUUGACCUGACCUGGUGUAAUCCACGAAGUCACUCAACAAGGUCUCGACCGAUCACUCCAUCUCUCCCUCUCCUCUCCUCUCCUCUCCUCUCCGUCCUCCCGAGCGCUCAUCUCCUCCGCCUGCGCGGCAGCGGGCACUGCGCGCUCUCCGCGCCGGGCAUGAGCGCGAGUGGUGAGCGGAGGAUUUGUGGGAAGACUCCUCUGUGGUUGACGAGCCGCGGACUGGGAGGCAACAGGGGCGGAUAUAUAUACGUACGCGGGGGAGCUGAAGCUCGACUGCGCGGCUUCGGAAUCCAGGCUGCUUUCCCUCGUACCGGGCACAGAGGAGCACCGCUGCGCUGCGCUGCGCAGCCUCCGGCUCGGCCACCGGAGCGGUCUGUGUGCAGGGGGGCGUCCGCCUGUCGGCACCAUGUCAGCGGCAACAGCUUCCGUAGCAGAUGUGUCCAGGACUGACGACUCGAACAGAGGGGACCACCGGACUCACUCGGGCCAGUCCCAGGCUCAGUGUACACCCAUGCCCCUGCCUGCCCUGGGCACCCAGAGGAUCAUCCAAGGUAAUGGCACCAACGUGGGCACAGUCAUUUCCCUGCAGUGCCCGGCCAAACACAAGUUGGUAGGAGCGCUCACAUGUGUCAUGGUGAACAACAGCACCCACUGGGAGGGCAAUACCUUCUGUGAACCUUCCUACGAGGACUUUGGUUUCCGUGUGGCUGUGCUGGCAUCCAUUGUAAGCACAGCUAUAAUCCUCCUCAUGUCCAUGGCCUUCAUCACCUGCUGCUUGCUCGACUGCAUCAAAGAAGACAAGAGGAAAAAGCAGGAGAGGGAGGGAGAUGUGUGGCAAUGGGAGGAACGGGCCCAACAUGAGGACCACAGGUCUCACUACAGCCACAAAGGCAGGAACAACAACAACAACACCCAGGAGAAGAUACUUUCCCCGUGGGACACCCACAACCCCGCCAUAUGUGACAACAUGCAGGGCUGCAGAUGUUAUCAGCAAUACGCCAAUGGAUUUGUCCGCACAUAUGACCCCAAUGCCCCACUUGCUGCUCUACCCGGGCAUGGCUAUGACCAGCCUCUUUUACCACGAAAUCCAGAAUACGCACAGAUCUCCGGUCCACCUCAAUACCCUGGAGCUCCCCCGUCCUCGGGCCAAACUCCGAGCCCAGGCCUGGUCAAGAACUCAGCAGCAGGGCCUGGUUUGGUGCGGCAGUACGGAAGACAGCACAGCAGCUUGUCAGGAGCGAACGCGUCGACUGCAGAGGAGUGCAACACGAGGAGUAUAAACCCUCCCAAAGAAUUUCCCAUAAGGAUUAUAUCAGUGUGAGGACAAAUACCAUCAUUCAAGAACUCGUUCAAUGACCAAACUUUGUACAACAGUUUUAACUUUAUCAAUGAGGACUAUGGGGAGUAAUAACGCAACAUUUUUGUGUGUGCAGUUCUACACAGUAUGACGGCUUCACGGCCAUACUGAUCAGACUUAUGUGCCUUUUGUAAACUGUAAUGGCACACUGCCCCCUGCCUGAAAACCGAAGCAAUCGCACCUUCAGCACACCAGCCUUGUUGGAUGACAACACCCUGUAAUUACAAGGUCAGGGGAUUUUCUUGACCUCAGUUGACCUCAAAUGAAAUGGUUGUAAUGAGGUUGAGGAAGGCGAUUAAGGUGUUCAUGGGAACAUUGUUUACAAUACACUGACGUCAGUUGAGGAAGUUUUCUGAGAAAUUCACGUCAGGGCAGGAAAGACCACUUUCUUGGAGGAGGAGAGCAGGACUGGACUGUUGUUUUUGUAAAUAUAAUUUCUAAGGAAUGUUAAAUCAAUUAAAGACUUGUAUGUUGAAUAAGCGAGUAGUGUUUUGCAAUGGAAAGGGGGCAAAUUUGUGUGUGUGUGUGAGGCAUGAAAGCAAAAUCUCAAAUGUUAACUUGGUCGUGCAGCAGCACAGUGAUUUGACUGUUCUGUGUAAUGAUGUACAGGUAAAUGACAAAUUGAGGGAAAUUGUGAAUAAAUGCAUUGACAAAACCUAA